UUUUAAAGUUGGUAAUACUGGGCUGGUCUGGUUAUAUACGAGUGCGUGUGUCCUGCGAGUUGCUGGAUCGAUCAUCGUUUCUGUCUUUUCCGAUAUUCGGAUUUCUUGUUUACAAUAUUCAGUUUUUAAUUAUUAUUGACAAAUGCAUGUUUUAUUGUCAUAAUUCCUAAAUACCUAAGCUUUCCGUUACAUAAAAGUGGGAUUUUCGUGCUUUUUCCCACCUCAGAGUCCAGAGCAUUUGAUCAACAGCAAAGAAGUUCAGACUACUAAACUGCAUUUAGUGACCCUCCUUUUGGAGUGGAGCUCCCAAAGAGGUAAUCUGCUUUGGUUUUACCUAACAAUUUUUGUACUAUAGUGAAAUCAAUUUAGUCUCAUACUGCCCUGUAUGAACUAAAAAAUACCUGGAUUGUGUAUGUGAGCACUGAAGCUAUGUCUUGGCCAGCAACAAAUCCCUGGCCACAAGGCACCCAACUUACUGGGAUUGUCGCCUCUCCGGCCAUCCAUUCAGCCGUGUUACCGAAUGUUGUUAAUCCUACUCCUGGAGUUUUGCCACCACAGGCCGCAGUAGCUCCUGCUGCUAUGCCUGCAGGCAUGCAAUAUUCUCCAGAACAAUGGGCACAGAUGCAGCAACAGAAUUGGCAACAAUGGGCGCAAUGGCAGCAACAGUACCAGCAGUGGCAUCAGCAAUAUGGAGCAGAGUAUCAAAAGUCCAUGAGCGCACUACAAACUCCAACACCAAACACGUCCGUUCCGCCACCGCCUCCAAGCGAAAAUAAACCACCACCUCCGCCACCACCAGAAGAGACCCAAGCCCAACAAUAUUCCAGACCUCCACCCAUGGGUUACACAACGGCUCCACCUCCCACACUUCCUAACCAUUAUGGUCAAGGAGGUGGCGACUGGCAAACGUCCGUUCCUGCAAAGAGACCUUCUUACGAUAAUGACCAAUAUGGCGCAAAUAAAAGGCAAAUGUUGGAUAAUCGUGGCGGGAACAAUUCUUGGCAAUCUCAACCCCCUCCACAGUCACAACCACCGAUAAAUGUACCCCCUCCAGCACAGAAAACCGCCAAUUUAGAAGAGCUAUCGGAAGCAGAAAAGAAAUUUGAUAAAGAGUUCGCAGCUUGGGAGGCACAGUUUAAUAAGUGGAAGGAGCAAAACGCCAACCAUCCGGACAAAAGCCAGUAUAUCGAGUACGAGAAGAAGUGGGAAUCUUGGAGGAAUUCUUUGCUAGAGAGACGGGAGCAGAUGAGAAAAAAAAGAAUUGCUCUACAGGCAACUCUUAACCCAUCAAAUCCACCACCUUCUAAUGUAAGCCAUAAUGCUCCCAGACCGCAACAAACUAGUUUUCCUCAAAGUGAUAUUCCGAAAGCAAACAUUUCCAUGCAGCCUCCUAUUGCCGCUCAGACAGAGAAGUUUUCAGAGAAUUUAUUUACCAAACCUCCACCUACUCAGAAUAAUGAACCUUUAAGUUUUAAACCGCCCGUUAACGCCUAUUCUUCGGCCCCCGAGACUGAAGAAAACGAUGCCGGCGGUGAUGGUUUUCUAAAGUCCUCUUCACCCACUCCUGGUGGAAUUCCUGGAUUGGAUUUAGUUAAAGAUGGAGAUGGUGAUGAAAACCAUGACGAUAAUCCUAAAGAAUGCACAGUAAUCGAGGAUAAUCAACCAAAUCCAAACCAAGCUCCAUCUAAAGGCCCCGAUCUGGACGCGAUCUCAAAAGGAAUAAAUUCAAUUUUAGGCGACCCGAAACUGCUCAACAUGCUUUCGAUGGUGUCGCAAACCCAAACCGCUGGUGCUGCAACGCCUGUAAAUAUUCAAGCCAACAUGUUACAUGUACCCCCAGGGCCACCUCCUUCUAUACAAAACAAAACCCAACCUAAUCUUCCCAGUCUACUGAAUAUGUCAGUGGGGCGACCUAAUCUUCAGGAAAUGCCACCUAAACGACAAAGCUUUGAACGACCUGAUAUCGAUGAAUAUUCACAGCAUUCGUAUAAGCCCGGUCAAGUAGAGGCUGUGAAUAAUUUUGACGACCAGACGCGAAUGAGCUUUAGUAAUGGGCCGAAUGAACUAGAUGUAGGCUAUGGAAAUAAUAUGCGUAUGGACCGUAACGAUUCUUUUAGGAGGUUUCCGGAUAAUAGAAAUGGAGGAUUUGGAGGGAAUGAUUGGAGGAGUAAUAGUUUUGGAGGCCCCAACAACUUCCGUAACUCUAAUGGACCAGGAUCUAAUCGUGACAACAACAUGCCUUUCAAUCGCGAUAACGAUGAACCUUUUAAUCGUAACAACAGCGGUUCCUUCAGUCGCGUUAAUGACAGACCUUUUAAUCGCAAUAAUAGCGGAUCUUUUAAUCGCGAUAAUGAGGGGUCUUUCGUCCGCAACAAUAGUGGGCAGUACAAUCGCGAUAAUGAUCUACCUUUCAAUCGCAAUAAUACUGGAUCUUUCAAUCGCGAUAACGAUGGGCCUUUUAAUCGUAAUAAAGGCGGGUCCUUUAAUCGCAACAGCUCAUUUAGUCGAGAUGACAAUUACGGCGACUCAUAUGGCGAAAUGAGUAAUGAGAGGUUCAACGAUGGGUAUGAUGAGGAGCAACAAUAUAAUGAAGACUAUAAUGAGGAUGACUAUGAUAAAUAUCAUAAUAUGUUUAAUGAGGAUCAACAACAUUCUCAAGGAGGGGAAGAAGGAGUUAAUCAUCUUAACCAGCAACCAAUAAUGGACGAAUUGGCUCCGGAACCAGAACCUGAACCAGUUGAUGAUGUGCCGCUUUUUGUUCCUGAAAUUGUUGUCGAUUAUGAGCAUAAGUCUGCUAAAGAACCCGAGCCCGAAGUGGCACUUAGUGUAAUUCGGAUGUUCGACUACAGGCACAAACCAGUAAAUCGCAUCCCAUACCCGCAGAGACCAGUAUGGCUCUCCAGCAGUUUAAGAAACAUAAAACAGUUUGACCCAUUGGGAACGACAAGGUUUGCUGCAAGUGACUUAUCAUUUGAAAGAGAUACAACACGAUACCCGGAUGUCGAGCCUCCUUCCCGUUUUAUCGAACGAGACUCAAAAUAUUCCAAUGAAUUACCUAGGAAUAGGUAUGAAAACGAUUUACCUGUCGAUAAGUAUUCCAACAACCGACACCCGGAUAGUAAAAUAGGUCGGGGCGGCUUUGACAGAAGCAGGGGGCGCUAUGAUGGCUAUUUCAACAGAAACAGAGGGCGCGACGAAUUCGAAAGAGACAGAGAGCGACCCGGUGAUUUUGACAAAAGGAACAAAGGAAAAGGUGGCGGCUUUAACAGGCCCAGCGACAGAGAUAGAAGAAGCAACGUCGCGGAAGAAAAGGAUUUAGCGACGAAGAAGUUGGAGCUAGAGGAGUUAUCUGAUGAUGAUGAAGAUUUUGAGGAUUCUAAAAGCAAGAAUUCGAAGCCAGGUUUAAGAUUCUCACCGCCGCCAAAAAAAAGUGAUGAUGACGACGAAGUUCAGUUUGUCCCAUUAGCCAAUUCCGUGAACACUUCAGUGAAUCCCGUGAAUAGUAAACCGAUCGUUCAGAUUGUUACUAUUGAAGACCUUAUAUGUUCGCCUGGCCGACUUACGAGACCGCAGAGGAUCGUGAUAAUUUUGCGAGGUCCUCCUGGGAGUGGAAAAACUUAUCUUGCCAAACUGAUUAAGGAUAAAGAGGUGGAAAACGGAGGCUCUGCACCAAGAAUCUUAUCACUAGACGACUAUUUUAUGGUAGAGCAUGAAAAAGAAGUAGUAGAAGACGGCAAGCGAUUAAGAGUAAAAGAAAUGACCUACGAGUACGAAGCUGAAAUGGAAGAAUCCUAUCGACAAUCGUUAAUUAAAUCUUUUAAAAAAACUAUUACCGACGGUUAUUUCUCGUUUGUGAUAGUCGAUAAUGUUAAUCAAAAAGUAAAAAAUUUCGGUGAAAUGUGGAGUUUUGCUAAACAAAACGGGUUUCAGGUGUACAUUUGUCAAAUGGAUUUGGAUCCAGAGCUAUGUACAAGCAGAAAUAUCCACCAGAGGACCGAGAGUUUUAUCGAAGAUUGUAUUGCUGGAUGGGAACCAACUCCGGCUCAUCAUCCAUUGGUGGAUGCCACAAACUUUUUGCAAAGUCAGUCAAUUACUGAAGUCGAAAUGGAACUGGAUAAUAAUGAGCCUGAAGAGACGCAAGAGGCAGGGGAAGAGGAACGGUUUUCAAGCAAAUGGGAUACAUUUGACUGUUCUUUAAAUAAUCUUGCACGACUCGACGGCGUCAGCAAACCACUUCGCCCCUCCGCAACAAUGGCAGAAUACCUCCAAUUGGACGACGAGUGGGAGGAACCAACCAAAUCAUCGAAACCAGGGCAGAAGAGGGUUCGGUGGGCCGACUUGGAAGAACAGAAACAACAGAAGAAGAUGAAGGCUUUAGGAUUUGUCGUGGGUCACACGGACUGGGACAGGAUGAUGGACACCACCAUGGGUCAAAGCGCACUCACUCAAACAAAGUAUAUUGAGAGAAGAUUUAAAUAACGCGUUUAUAAUUGUAAGCCACUAUAUUUUAUUAGAUUCAUAGACUUCUUUUUUGACAGUUUGGUUAAGGCAGCGAUUUGCACCUACUUAAGAGAUUGAGUUUAGGGUGUAAAUUGAUCGUAAUUAUCUUAUUGUUACGUGCUUCAAAUAUAUAUUCGUCUAUUAUAGAGAACUAGGACGUUUCAUAAAAAAUAUUAUAAUUGAUUUAUGUGCAGUAUCUGUUUUACGUUUAUUACCCGGAAAAAUAUAAAAAUGGUAAACCAUAAA